GAAACAAACAUGGCCGCUGAAGCUUAGGUCUGGCGCCAGACAAGUCCUUCCCGGCGGCUUCCGGGCGACGCUCUGGUGAGCUCUAUGGUGCGGAGGCCGGAAGUGUGCUCGCUUCCCUCAGUGUAGCUGCGCGUGCAGCAGCGCCGGCAGCUAGGUUUCAUGAGUGUUAAUAGGCUGUGGGGAAUUUCUCAUUAAGAUGUACAUGCUGGUUGAAAACCGUACAAGUUCCAUCCUUCAUCUGAAGAGGUCACCUGGAAUUAGAUCGUGGUCUCUCUUUGUUGGAAUAUCUUCCAUAGGUCUGGGUGCUGCUUACUAUAGUGCAGACACAUUGGGAUGGAAACUCUUCUAUAUAGCUGGGUGUCUCUUUGUGGCUGCACAGAAUCUGGAGGAGUGGGAGGAAGCUGUAUUUGACAAGAGCAAGGGAAAAGUCAUUCUAAAAACAUUUAACCUCUACAAAAAAAUACUGACCUUCUCCAAAGGAGGCCAUGAACAAGUGGUGGCUCUGCUGCAUGAGAUUCGAGAUGUGAACGUGGAAGAAGAGACUGUGCGUUAUUUUGGGAAGGGUUACCUGGUAGUGCUACGAUUUGUCACUGGAUUUUCACACCCACUGACCCAGAAUGCAGUGCUGGGCUGUAGGAGUGAUGCGGAAACAGUUGCCAAGCUCAUUGUUAGCUUUCUGAAACUGAACAUCACAGACAGCCAUCAUGACCUCUCGCAGAGCAGUGAAAUGGAGGACAGUGAUGCAGAUGAACCCAAGGAUGAGUAUUAAUAGUAAAAAUGAAGCGAAUAAAGCAGAGCCAUUUGAGAAUGGUGCUGGUUACAUUUCAUCCAAGAAGACCUUCAAGAUUUUGGAGCGCCUAUCUCUUCUAUGCUUGGGAAUUCUGCUGUAGUUACAAUUGUAGGAGUCUGAGUUAAGGCACAUCAGUGCUGAAUUGCUUUAAUUUUCUGCAUCCAAUAAACUGUUUUCUCCUUGGAUGCUUCAGUAUGAACUUGCUCAGACAUGGCUAUGUACAGUCUAAAGCAAAUAUGAUGUUACUUUUCCAUGUAAUUUGCAGACGUAGACGAUACUUGUUUGCGAAUUUUGUCACCUUAUUCUAAUUAUGUAGUUAUUUAUUAAUGAAUUAGUUUGAACUCCUUUCUUGUUUUUCAUAUCUACACGUGUAAACUUCCAGUUAUUGCAGAUAUCUACUCUAGAUGCAGGUUAACUGCCUUAACAUGAGUAAGUUGGGGCUUUGUAUUUCUGUAAGUCAUAUUAUGUUAUUGCUUGAAAACUUAAUGUAAUAUAGAUAUCUAAUUACUGUAGCUAAAUUUACAGAGUAAGUAACUGAAUUGAUUUUAGGCACCAUACUAUAAUAAAUCAAAAAGGUAAGUCAGUAUCUUAACAUUUAGGGUGAUGCCAAGGUCUGUAGGAUGGAAAUGUCAGACUUACCAUUAGAACUAAUAGAAAUCAAAGUUUGAGUUUGAAAGUGUCUAAAUUGACCAGUAUUAUAUUUAAAAUUAUAUUGCAGGACAGCUCCUCUUGGGUUGGCCAAAGAAGUAUGAUUGCCUUUUUUUAAAAAAAAAUAAUAUAGAAACCAUGUUGGCACUUGCCUUAGAACAGUUCCAAGCCGUUGAUAAGUUCUCAAGCUGCUGGUUGGAAGAGAGACCUAAUUUGAUCCAGGUAACAGUAGAGGUGGGCCUAAAGUUCUGUUACCCUAAGUACUUUUAAAAUGAUAAAUCCGUUACUGCAUGGAAAGCCUGCCACGUGGGUUUUUAAAAAUGCCAACUGUAACAAAUAAAGCGGUAGCCUAGAUCUGUCAGUUUUCCAUAUUUUAGGACUUUUGGCAGGUGAGAGAGUAUCUUUGUAGCCUUGGAUGCUAUCUGAAUAUAGCUGGGAUAGCGAAGUACAUCAGUGCUUUGUGACCAAAUCUAACUCCAGCAUACAUGGUGCUGGUGAUCUUGGUUUUAAAAGUUUGUUUCUUGAAUGGUUUUAUUCAUAUAAAUAUAUAAUGUCAAUGUAUCUUCUGAAAAAUAAGAGUGGAUUUUUGGACAAUCUACCUCUGCACUGAUCAGAGUUUUGCUAGAGCUGGAACUCUUAGUUAUGCUUGUUAAGAUGUCAUAUUGCUGAGAAAACACAGUAUAAUAUAGUGAGCUAAAAGUAACUUCAACAUAAUAAAACUUGUACUUUUUUUGGACA